AUGGGUUUAGCAUUUUCGAGUAUUUUGAGUAUAUUCUCUAAGAAGGAGUAUAAAUUAGUCGUUAUAGGAUUAGAUAACGCGGGUAAAACGACGAUAUUAUAUAGAGUAACGCAGGGCGAAGUUAUAGCGACAGCGCCAACGGUUGGUAGUAAUUUAGAGCAAUUUGAAUACAAGAAUCUAAAGUUCGCACUCUGGGAUAUCGGCGGUCAGCAGCAACUAAGGUCGACCUGGUCUGCGUAUUAUAAUCAAGCGAAAGCGGUAAUAUUAGUAGUAGACAGCUGUGAACCGGAUAGGUUGAAUGUCGUUAAAGAGGAACUCCAUAGAGCAUGUCAGGAUGAGCAACUGAAAGAUGCACUGCUUUUGGUAUGGGCUAAUAAGCAGGACCGUAAGGAUCAAGCUAGCACUCCAGCUGAGAUAUCCUCUAAGCUAGAACUCACUGCUCUCAAGGAUAGACAGUGGUCCAUCUUCCCGUGCUCUGCACUCACGGGCGAUGGGCUAUCAGAAGGUUUAGAUUGGCUUACAGAGCGUAUAAGUUAG